AAAAUCAGGUUUAAACACGACAAAAAUAAAAUAAAAAAUAUUUUGAUAAAACAUUAAAUUAAAAUAAAAGAAAAAUAAAUAAACGAGAAAAAGUCGAUCGUCUUUUUAGUGAAGUACAACACACAUACAACACCCGACUAUAUCGUAGUAAAUUAUUUUAAAAUAAUGUAUUGAAAACGGAAAAAAUUUUCGCCAAAAAAAACAAAAACAAAAAAAAAAUCAAUCAAAAAAGCCACACACAACUGUUAUAUUUAUUUUGGAACACGAACUAUUACAACAUACCACAUAUUUCCUCACACAUAUUGUCACCGUGGCCCGUGAGAUUUCGUUUUCGAUAAAGAGAGCGCUAGAUUUUGCGAGCCGUGCAUGAACUGUUUUGAAUUUAUUUUUCCGUUUCGAAAUAUUUCAAAUAAAAACGUAAAUUUUCACCGGAUUCCCUGAGAGAGGAGCAAAAAAGGGAGAUCUUUCAUUUACGAAUAUUACACAAAUUCGUAGUUAGACAUUUAGCAAUACAUUUCAAGCUCAGUGCAAACAAAUAAACAAUUUUUAAUUAAUCAACGAUCUAACUUGAAUGCAAAACUGUUUGAUCAACAACGGUACAGCCUAAGUUAUAUGAAAGAAGAAUUCGUAAAAGACACAUCGAAAACAGUAAAGAAGUUUGGCGAGACAAAAAAAAAAACGCAGAUUGUUAAUUAGCCGACCGAAAACUGAAAGCGAAAAGCACCACAACAAUCGGUACAAAGUUACAGCAACAAAAAUUACAACGGUUCUAGUGCAAACGAAAGUGAAAUUACAUUCAUAUUUCCGCGGCGGCGUCGAGACGAAGACAGAGUACGAGUUGUAGUACGUUUAUGCCGCAACUCUCUUACGCUGCUACAAGUGUUAUAUAUUUAUUUGUUUAUGUUAUAUGUUCUUGUGAAUAGAUUCAAGCAAAAAGAAAAUAUUUCAACACAUGUUAUUGGCUUUAGCCGGCCCCAAUGAGCCAACGAAUUGAAGAGAGAAAGUGAAAGACAGAGAAAGACAUUCAAGUAAAAAAACGACAAAAAUAAAAAACAAUAAAAAAAAAUUGUGGCGAGAAGACACACGAGGGCACAGCAUAGUACAACUUCAUUCUCAAGUCUAAACUAUUCGUGUUUUUUUCGGCUCGUUCAUUUAGUGAAUUUUCAUGAGUCAAGUGCGACCAAAACAAAGAAAAAUUAUAAAUAAAAUAUUUAACCCAAAACAAAGAAACACAAAUCUAAAUAGCUAAAUAAUUUAAAUGUUAUACUAUUAAAUGGUGAUCGUCGUUUUAUUAUCUGUUGAUCAAAGAAACACACAAAAACAAAGAAAAACUGAUCUAUGCAAAACAGCAAAUCUAAAUCAAUGAAACUAGUACGAAAUUCGUUAACAAAAAUCUUGUAAAAAUACUAAAACAAAUAAAAAAUAAAAUAUAAACAGAGAGUAUACAAUGCAUUGAGCGAUGUUAAAUUCUUAAAGCGUAUAAAAUCAAUCAAAUUUUAUGCAUUAAAUGUCAGAUAGUAACAUUUUGGAAUUUAGUGAACUUUAAAUUUUAAAAACAUAAACAAACAAACACUAGAAAAAAUUAUUCUUAUUAUUGUCUCAGGUGAAAUAUAAAAACAAAUUAUUUGGGGGAGAGCAUCAAACCUAAUGUGUUUUGACCAAAUAAAAUAGCAACAAAAUUUGUGCAAAGAACGGCAGUACGUGUGUUCAUUUUAUGACAACAUUUAAACAUACACACACUCACACACCGAAUCACAAAAUAAUCAACGGUUUCAACGUUUUAAAACAAAAGUUAAGUUAUCGCUCAAUCUCUUUUGGGUGAUUUAUAAAUAAAUUUAACAAGAACUAAUUAUAUCUAAAAGCGAACAAUAAAAGAAUAAAAAGAAUUAGACGUAGAGAACGAAGCCAAUUGCUAAAAAUCAAAUCGAGAAUAAUAAAACGGAAGAGGAAAGACAAACCACUAAUCACUCUCACUGUCCCAAAGACAAACAAAGUAAUAUAAAAAAAAGUUGAACUAUAGCGUUAUUCUUAUAAACAAUGUCAGUGUAAACGAGACGUAUUGGCAAAAGCAACUUCCAAAGCUCAUCAAUCGAACCAACAUUUACACGAACCAGUUCACCAACCAGUGAAUUAGUCAGGAAACAACAAACACGACUACGACGACGACGACGAUAUAAUCAAAAUGAUAAUGAUUCAGCAACAACAAGUUUAUCCACCUUUUGGACAAAAAAUGGCAGCAUCAGCAACCAAAUCAGAGCCACUGGUUAAACAAGAUGAUGAUACAUCGAUUGAAUCGAUUCCGACAACACCGAGCGGCGUUGCCGUCUGUGUUAUCAAAGAGACAGAGAGUGUGCUCAAAUCAAGUACAACAAUACGGAAUACAGAACGUUGCCGUUCUGAGAGUCCAGAAACCGAAAUGACAUUCAAUGGUGUGAUCAAAGGUACAGAUUUACUUCGUACAUUAUCACCAAAUUCGAUUGUUACAAAAGCGGCAAUAACAGCAAUUGCUGCACCAACAAUCACAUCACAGCAAUCGAAUGAGCAUAGUAAAUAUUUGGUGGCGAGACGUUUUAUCAAACGCAGCAAUAGCAUUGAAGAUGAUGAUGAUGAAUUAUUUGAUGCCGAAGCCGAAGAUCGAAUUAUCAAACAAUAUGCACGACGUAAAAAUUAUGAUUCCGAACCAGAUGGACGUGACGAUGAACCAUCAUAUGAUUAUAAUGGUCGCUAUACAACCGAUGAUGAUGAACCACUAGAUUUAUCACUUCCAGCCGAUCGAAGACGUCAUCACACCUAUUCCGAUACCGAAUCAGACGAUUCAGCCGGCACUGGUGAAGAUAAAGCCAGCGGAAAAGCAGCUUAUAAAAAGAAUCUCAUGAAACGCUAUCUUGAUACAGAAAUACCGAUAAUAAAGCACUCAUCGAGUCCACCAGCGCUACCGACACACAACCAGCCACAACAAUUAACACAUCAAAACCAACAACAGACACAUCAUCAGACCCAACGGAAUCAUCUUCAGACAUCCCAUCAUCACCAGCAACAACAAAAACAGCAACAGCAACAGUUAUCGCAUCGACCAUUACUGCAUAACUUAUUGAGUGGAACAGCAACACCGUAUCACAGAAAUUAUUGUACAUCGAGUACAGGAUCUCUACCACCAAGUCCAGCCGAUAGUGGUGUGUCUGAUGUAGAUAGUUCUAGUUCGGGUGGUCAACCAUGCAGUGAGGAACUGAAAGCAAGAUUGGGACUGCAACCGCAUGUUGCACCACAAACAGUUCCUGGACCAUUCCUCAAUCCAAACUAUUAUCACAAUCCAACGCAGCUUCGAAAUAUUUGGAACAAUCGCAAUGUUCAAUUGCCGGAAAAUUAUUAUCCACAUUUGAUAAAUGGUGCUUACAAUCCAUCGCACUUUCAAACGCCAUCGCCAACACGAAAUUUUCAUCACACACAUCAUAGUGUAAUUCAAACACCAACAUCCAGUGUCAACGAUGAUUUAUCGUAUAUGAUUGAAUUUGGUUUGCAACCCCGACGAAUAAAGAAGCAACGCAAGCCAAAAAUUGAAAUGGGUGUUAAACGACGCAGCCGAGAAGGUUCGACCACAUAUCUGUGGGAAUUUUUAUUGAAAUUGCUACAAGAUCGUGAAUAUUGUCCCCGUUUUAUAAAAUGGACGAAUCGCGAUAAAGGCGUUUUUAAAUUGGUCGAUUCAAAAGCCGUGUCCCGUUUAUGGGGUAUGCACAAAAAUAAACCGGAUAUGAAUUAUGAAACAAUGGGACGAGCCCUACGAUACUACUAUCAACGUGGCAUCUUAGCGAAAGUCGAUGGCCAACGUUUAGUUUACCAAUUCGUUGACGUACCUAAAGAUAUAAUCGAAAUCGAUUGUUCAAGCGCGUAAACCAAAUAAUAUUUAAAAGAUGAAAACUAAACAGAAAACAAGCAAAUGACUUGAAACGAGAUAUAGUGUUCUUUUUAUUCUUAUUCUUCUCUAAAAUACAAAAAAAAAAAAAGAAUUUAUAGAAAAGAACACAAACAAAUACAAAUUUUUAAGUUACACAUUGAGCUAAAUUGAGAAUGAAUUGCUCUGAAAUGUAUGUAUAUAAAUAUUUAAAAACAAAACAAAAACAAAUUAACAACAAAUUAAACUUAUAAAUGUUUGGCGCAAAUGAAUAAUUUGGAAAACAACAACAAAGCGGAAUGAAAAUUUUGAAUUAGAAAGUUCUCACAGGACUACCUCAGAUGCUAAAGAUUGUAUUCUCUGUUUUCGUGUUUUAUUUUUCGUUUUAAUGAUCACACAACCAGCAUAGAGAGAUAAAUCUAUGAGUAGCCCUAACUCGCGUGUUCGCAAUUUUAUCCUUCCAAAUCAAAUGCGAAAUUGAUUUUUGAUUCGAUUUUUGACCAUAUAGAAAUAUAUAUAGGUGCCAAUUUUUGGCAUAGCGUUAAAACUUUGUACAAAAUAAACACUUAUUUCAGAUCGAAAAUCAAUUUCUUUGAUUCUGAGUACAAUGAGAUUUAUCGUCGGAAACGACAUUUCGAUUACAGCUCAAUCGGAAUCAAAACAAACGAAAAACAAUCCUACAAAACAAAAGUUUGAUUUUUAUUAUACAAACAUAAAAUAUCGAGGUAAUCUUGCGUUCGGAAGGAGCUAUAACCGUUACUUUUGAGACAUUUUAAUUCAUGUUCGAAAAGUCUGAAAUAUAUGAGAAAAUACUUGGAACCUUUUCCAGUACAUAGACAAACAAAAAAAAUACAAAAUAAAAUUUAAAAAAAAAACCAAGCGACACAAAUAAAAAUGUGCUUUAUAACGGCAUGUAGCAUUGGUUGCAUACAGCGUCAGAAAAAAAACCAUCGAAUCAAAUCGAAAAUAAAUAUGUUGAUAUAUAUGUUUUAACAAUAUACAACUUCAAAAGCACUUACAAUUAGUGUGAUUCUUUUCAUGUUUUUUAGUUAAUACAAAAUAUAAAAAAAAACUAAAUAAAAUAUAAAAAUUUAUCAAUGAAACAAAUGAAAAAAAUAAUGAAUAGAACACAUGACGUGAGCUAAAGCGCAGGAAGAAGGAGUAAGAGUGUGCGAUCAAAAAAAAAGCGUCAAAAAUAAAUGGCAUAAAAGUUACAAAAUAACACAUAAACGUAUGUGUGUUUAACGCCAUGCUCAACAGACUUUUAUCUCUUUCUGCUGAACAGCCGCGCAUCAACAAAAAACGGAAGAGGAGAACAUAUUUCAUUAAAUGUUUUGUGAUUAUUUCAUAAUAAAUAUAUAUAUAUUCGCCGAAACGACAUUAUUUAUGUUAGUGUUAAAAAAUAGUGUUGUUUUUAUUAGAUGAAAAAAAAAAUACAAGUGAAGAUUUUACAAAUUUUUAUCCGUCAAAGUUCAAACAAACUGUAAAACAAAAAUUGUAAAAGUGCUAAAUAAACUGCUCCAUAUUGCGCGAUCCGUUUCUUUUCACACUUUUUUUUUUGUUGCCAUUUCUAUCGAGAAAAGUUACAAUAAAAUCUCGCUUUUCACGUGCAAUAACAAUAUGAUUGAGAUUUUGUGAGAUGUUUUUGGCCGAAUAUUUUACAUUUUAAAUAUAGAGAAUAAUAAUAACAACAUAUUACAAAUAUUCUCAUAUUCACCGUAUUGUACAAUGUUAGUAAACUUCAUAGAUCAAUUUUCCCGACCAAAAUCGUCUUUUUUCGAAUGAAUCUGGUUUUUUUUGUUUCAAUUUUUUUAAACCAAAAUCGGGCCGCGGAGCAAUUUCAUCAUUUUGAAUGCUCAACAUUGAAUUAGACGCGAUUCUUUUUCUUUCGUUUUAAAAUCAUUAUUCCGAUUGCACCAUUAAUGCGAAUACACAAAUUAAAUUUGAACUUUGGCAUAACGUUUGUUUUUCCCUUCGUUUGCGCAAAAUUUCUGGCCCAAUAAUUAUAAUGACGCAUUGGUCCCAAGAACUCAAUUUUCAAGUGAGAAACAUUAUUGCGACUAUUGAUUUUUGUCUUUUAUAAAGCACAUAUAAUAUAUAUCUAUCAUUUGAUUGAUAACGAAGAAACAUAGAAUAUAUUUUGUGUG